AUGGUCCAAAACGAUCCAAUCCAACACAAUCCACUUCCAAUUCUGUCAUGGCGCUGUCGUGUGUGGAGUGGGGGCCCACUUCGUGGCAAUAAUCUCGCCGUAGUUUCCAUCAUGCUCAAGCAGUGCAUUGGUCCGUUACGGUAUGGAAGGGCACUUAGACAGCAAUCGGUGUCCACGGCACAGUGUUGUUACAAAAGCGACUUGACAAGCGAGCAGAAGGCCGGCAUUCAGAACGGACCGGGCCUUCAAGACUUUAUUGCCGGAGCCAUUCCCAGAGGUAGCACCUUCAGCGACUACAAGGGAAAGCUGAAGCGGGCACCAGGAGAAACAGAAAGGUUGAAGCUGCCGCCUUGGCUCAAAGUGGAAAUCCCGAAAGGAACAAACUUUGCUCGGCUGAAAGGAUCUCUACGAGGAAAGAAGCUACACACUGUUUGCGAGGAGGCCCGUUGCCCAAACAUUGGAACAUGUUGGAACGGAGGCCCGGACCACGUUGCCACGGCAACCAUCAUGGUCCUGGGCGACACAUGCACGCGGGCAUGUCGUUUCUGCUCGGUGAAAACAGCGCGCCACCCUCCGCUCCCAGACCCCGACGAGCCUCUGAAUACGGCCGAGGCCAUAGCGGAAUGGGGCCUCGACUACAUUGUGAUCACGUCAGUUGACAGAGACGAUCUGCCCGAUGGCGGGUCGAACCAUUUCGCAGAAACAGUCCGGCAGAUCAAGCAAAGGAAGCCGUCAAUACUCGUUGAAUGCCUGACGCCAGAUUUCGCAGGAGACAUGAAAGCUGUCGCUGAGGUUGCCUCUUCCGGCCUAGACGUGUAUGCUCACAACAUUGAGACAGUUCCUGAGCUCCAGGCUCAUGUCAGAGACCGAAGGGCAAACUUUGAGCAGUCCUUGAAAGUGCUAAAGCAUGCCAAGGAAGUGAACCCCAAAGUCAUCACCAAGACUUCACUCAUGCUGGGCUUUGGAGAAAGUGACAGCCAAGUCAUGAAGACCAUGGAAGCGGUUCGGGAGGCUGGCGUGGACUGCUUCACGCUGGGACAGUACAUGCAACCCACGAAACGCCAUCUCAAGGUUGUGGAGUACGUCACUCCGGAGAAGUUUAUGCACUGGGAAGGCUACGGAAACAAGCUGGGGUUCUUAUACACAGCCAGUGGACCCCUGGUACGAUCCUCUUAUAAAGCAGGUGAACUUUUUGUCUCCAAUUUCCUGAAGAAUAGAAAGGACAGUGUGGCUUCUCCAUCCUAAAUGCUGUUUCAAUAAAGGACAAGAAAUUCUGAGGAUACUA